AGACAUGGUUAAAUAAAAUAACACACAGUUCAUAAAAUUAAAGCUGUUAGUUUCAUAAAAAUUAAUAAAUAACUUUAAUUUGAAAUGUCAUACAUUUAAUGCAAUGAGAAUCACAACUCAUGUUUACUUUUAUUCAAUUGUUUGCAGCGGGAAGGUGAAAGGUAUUUUCUCAUCAAUAGAUGUCACCAGCUUACAUUCGUCAAAAAAAAACUCUUCCCGCUACCAAUACAAACAAAAACAAUUCACGUUUAAUUUAGAUAUGGAUUCUCUUUUCGUCGAGAAGUAUAAGCCUCUUGCUUCUGAGAAAAUUAUUGGUCAACAUGGGCCUAAAAGUAAUGUUAAAAAGCUGACCCAUUGGUUACAGAACUGGGAAUCGAAUUUGAACAAAAAACCUGGAUUUGGUAAAUUUGCGGCUGAAGAUGGUGCUGGUUUCAGAGCUGCUUUGCUUUCAGGGCCUCCAGGUGUUGGUAAAACAACAUCAGCUACUUUGGUCUGUAAAGAGCUUGGAUAUACUUAUACCGAAUUAAAUGCUUCCGAUACUCGAAGCAAGAAGUCACUAGGUGAAGAAGUUGCUAAUUUAUUGAGCAAUAGAACUUUUGCUGAUGUGAGAUCCAAAGGUAAUUCCGUUCUCUCAUCUAAACAUGUACUCAUCAUGGAUGAGGUUGACGGUAUGGCUGGUAACGAGGACCGAGGUGGUGUUGCUGAAUUGAUAAAGCUUAUCCAGAAAACGGGUAUGCCAAUUAUUUGUAUAUGUAACGACAGAUCUCACCCUAAAAUGAGAAGCCUCGUAAAUUAUUGUUUUGAUUUGAGAUUCACGAGACCUCGCAUUGAACAAAUCAAAGCCCAUAUGCUGUCCGUUUGUUUUAAGGAAGGGAUAAAAAUGAGCGGUGACGCUCUUAACGAGUUAAUUAUUUCUUCGAACCAAGACAUAAGGCAGGUUCUUCAUUAUAUUUCACUGCUAGCAACUGCGAAAAAAGGUGAAAAAGUCGAUUUUAAAUCACAAAAAGUCAUAAAGGAUGUAAAAUUGGGACCAUUUGAUGCUCUUAAAAAGCUAUUUGUUGCUGAUUGCUCUAAACCAUUGAGUUUUAAUGAUCGUUCAGAUUUAUUUUUCUCAGACUAUUCACUGAUGCCUUUAUUUGUUCAUGAGAAUUAUCCAGUUGUUCAACCUAUUGGCUUAUCAAAGAGCCAAUCAAGGCAAAGACUUGAUCUCGGAGUUAAAACUAUUCAAUCAAUUGCAUUUUCUAAUCUAAUUGAGAAAGAAAUUCGCUCAUCCAAUAAUUGGUCGCUUUUACCUAUGCAAGCAGCUUUCUCUUCGGUGCUCCCAAGUGUUUACAUGAGUGGCCAUUUAGGUGGCAUGAUCGAAUUUCCUAAAAUGCUCGGUAAAAUUUCAUCUGGUAACAAGAAAGAUCGCCUCAUUCAGGAUCUCAAAAUGCACAUGAGUUUACGUGUUAAUAGUAGUAAAACCACUAUCAAUUUAGAUUAUAUUCCCGUUCUUAGAGAAAAGAUUUAUAAACCGUUACGCGUUCGUGGUACCGAAGCUAUUCCUGAGAUUGUUGAUAUUAUGAAUUAUUAUUGUAUUCGAAAAGAAGAUUUAGAUUGCAUGUUAGAAUUCUUAUGGCCCAAUGAAAAGAACCCAGUUGGUACAAUUGAUGCUAAAACAAAAGCAGCUUUAACUAGACAAUGUAAUGCAUCAUCAAGCCUUCUACCUUACUCAACAAUGCCUGGCAAGAAGACUAAGAAGCGUAAAGCAGCUACCAAUGAGGAUGAAUUUGGUGAAGAAGGAGAAGGAGAGGAGGAAGAAGAAGAAGAAGAAGAACCCGUUAUUCAACCAAAAAAGAAAGUUAAAAAAGCUGCAACCAAAGAGAGUCCAAAAGCAAAUGGAACUAAAAAUGGACCAAAAGAGAAGAAAGAGAAGAAAGAAAAAGAUGAAAGUGAAAAGCCAGCGAAAGGAGCUAAAGGACCAGCCAAAGGGAAGAAAACAGAAGUUAAUGGUAAAGCACCAGCGCCUGUUACGACAAAUAAAGGUGCUAAACGUGCUGCUUCACCUGAAAAAAUAAGUCCUCAAGGGGUCAAAAAAGAAAGAAAAAUAAGCGAUAUGUUCAAGCGAAUGCAAAGAUGAAUGAAAUAUAUUGUCCUUUUAUCUUUCACUGUUAAAAUUCCUUUUAAUUACAAUCGCUUAUGAAUUUUUACCAUCCAAGAGAUGGUCAAUAAAACAUGGCACCCGAUUCAAACGUUUAAAAAUCCAUUUUGAAAGACAGAUA